UUGCCCUGAUCAUGUAAGAGAAAUACAAUUAGAAAAGAAUGACAGGGUGAAUAAAAGAGAUGUGAAAUAGGAGCAUACACUGUUAAUUAACACUAUGUAAGACCAGAAACCCUUCUUAAGAGAAACACAAUUGAAAAGGAUUGUAUUUGGAAAUCUCAUGGGAGUCUAAGAAGAGUGGAAUUAGUUGGACGACUCAAAAACACUCUCCUGCUUCUAGUCAUAGUUCAUGGAGGGAGAGGACACAUGGAGCCUAGGGAACACCUCCAUGCACAUGAACAUUUCUCUAGGCUCAAAUGAUUCCUCUACGGUCUUUCUGUCUGGUUCUGAGUACAGCGAUGCUGAGAUGGUCUUAAUAAGCAUCUUGAUGGGACUGCUGGUUCUGGGCAUUGUCUUCGGCAAUGUGCUGGUCAUCAGUGCCAUUGUACGAUUCCAGCGUUUACAGACGGUCACCAACUACUUUAUAAGCUCUUUAGCCUGUGCCGAUUUGGUCAUGGGCCUUCUGGUGGUGCCUUUUGGCGCGUGCUACAUUCUCCUCAACACGUGGCACUUUGGAAACUUCUUCUGCGAGUUCUGGACAGCCACUGAUGUGUUGUGUGUGACUGCUAGUAUUGAGACACUGUGCGUGAUCGCCCUGGACCGGUAUUUGGCAAUCAUGUGGCCUUUGCGCUAUCACUCCAUGCUUACGAAGCGGAAGGCAUGCGGGGUGGUGGUGGGGGUGUGGGCCAUCGCCGCCCUUAUCUCCUUCCUACCCAUCCACAUGGAGUGGUGGGUGUCAGAUGAACCUGAGGCAUUGAGCUGCCUGGAGAACACUUACUGCUGUGACUUCAACACCAAUGCCGCUUAUGCCGUGACCUCCUCCAUUAUUUCCUUCUACAUACCUCUCGGCAUCAUGGCUUUCGUAUACAGCAGGGUCUUCCAGGAGGCUCGCAGGCAGCUUCAGAAAAUUGAUCGCAUUGAGGGCCGUAUUCGGACACAAAGCUUCAGUACCCAAGAGGGAAAUGAGGUGAAAAACAGGAGGACCAGGUUCGGCAUGAAGGACCACAAAGCCUUGAAGACCUUAGGGAUCAUCAUGGGAACGUUUACCCUUUGUUGGCUGCCGUUUUUUGUGCUCAACGUGGUGGUGGCCAUCUGGAAGGUGGAUAGCAUCAGGUUGCCUUUCAGAAUACUGAACUGGAUUGGAUAUGCAAACUCAGCUUUCAACCCAUUGAUCUACUGCAGGAGUCCUGAAUUUAGAUGUGCAUUUCAAGAGAUCCUGUGCUUGAGAACUUCUCAUCUGCCCUCUGCAAGGAAUCAAAAAGGAUAUAUCUGCAGUGGCCACAGCUGGCAGGUGCAUAUGAAGACCACUAAACAACGAGAUCUCUCACCUUCUAACUGUGAAACAGAAAUGGGGGCUGACUGUUUGACCGCAGGCAUCAAAAACACAAAUGGGAAUUGUAACAAAGCUGUGUCAUCCAUCAUUUAGCCAAUAUUGAACAUGAGUAACAUAAGACUUUAUAUUCCUGUAUCUUGUUUUAAAGCACUAAAGAUAUGGAGCCGACGUAUCUGGAUAUAAAGAAUAUCCAGAUCCUAUAUGAUAAUUCCUGGUGUUAAUGUGGCCAUUGUGAUACCUUGUUGAGUCCGAACAAAUGAAAAUGGAUAUUAGUAACUAUGCUUGUGGUACAAUGAGGGAACGUGUUUUGAAGAGCAGCACAUGAAAUCCAGGUUGGAGAUUGAAAUUAUAGAGUCUGCCUCUGGAUUCCACUAACUACCUCAUGACAUUCAUGUCUCAACUGAAACCCAUGUGGAUACUCUGCUGAACACUGGAACCAUCUGGAUACUUGACUGGCCUUAGCUGGUCUCCCUGCCUGGUCAGGAUAGUCUGUUGGCUGGGGGGUUUAGAGGGAUUUUGGGCACUUUUUAGAACCAGCUAAAAAUGAGACCAACCUUCCCAUGCUAGGAGACUUACUUAAACCAGCUAUGUCCAGCUUAGGCUUGUUUAAGCUGUUUUUUUCUUUUUCAGCAGGGUGGUCAAUUUAUGUAUUUAAAAAUGCUUCAGCUAUUGCAAGCCCUUCUGAAAUUUAAACGUACAGGAUAUUAAUUAUUUAUAUCAACAAUUCACUAGUUAAAAUGCUAAUUCUUGAUAUAAGGGAUGAAAUUACUACUGGUGAAAGUACUAACUACUGAUAUCAGUAAUUAGGUUUGCACUAGUAAAAACUAGGGUUGUCAAUUGAUUACAACGUUUAAUCGAAUAUAUUACAUGACAUACUGAUUCAUAAAUCAAAUUAUAUCGCAAUUAUUCGCAUGUAUAAAUAUUUGCUGAGAAAGGCCCUCCAUUUGAAAGCAAGAACACUUUCUAAUCUUAUGCUAUCGAUAGUGUCAAGCGAGCCAGAGUGUGGUUUGUUCUUUGUACAGCUGCGUGUUGCCUAUACAGCAAGAGUUUCACUUACUACCCCCUUUUGAAAACAGGUGGUACUUCAAGCUUGAGUUGCUCCGAUGGUCGAAAUAUUGCUUAUUUUCAGUCCAAAGACAUGAUUAAUUGUGUGAAUUUUUUUUAACAUGUUAUUUUGUAUAUAAUUAUUCACACUGAAAUAAUGAAUUAAAUUGAAAGCCCUAGUAAAAACAUAAAUUCUUGAUAUAAAAAUGAUAUCAGUACUCGUUAAAAUACACAUUUUUGAUAUCAACAAUGGAAUUUCAACUAGUACUAGAGUGUGUAUUUGUACCAUAACAUGUGGAAGAUGAAACUUUAAGAGCAACUGAGAGUUGUUUUGUCCCAGAUACACUUGUUACAUUCCAAAAAGAGCUUGCAGAGGCUCACUUAAAGCCACAGUCUUCAAUAUGAGUCUGAACCCUCCUCCAGAGAGAGGAAAUAUAACCCUCUGACGAGGGACAACAGGUGCACACUGCUGUCUGUGCUAUAACCAGCUGUUCUUGUCGAAAGGAGAAAAAGAGCCAAGCAGUUCUCUCCAACCCCUGGAAAUCAUUUUAAGGUUACAGUGAAGCUGUACCUAUAAGGGUCAUGUGCUCAAACUGUUUAUAAAAGUAAGCAAGCAAGUUUCCAUUCACAGGCAUUGCAGGCUGGGUGGCAAAAUCAUGAUGGUGUAUUUAACAUGUCACUAUUUGCAAUUAAAUAAUAAGUAAGGUGCCAAGUAAUUCUCAUAGCUAAACAUUAUGCUUUCCAUUAUGUUGAGGAUGUAAACCUCUAAGCGAUUUCAACAGUCCUUCAUCUGAAUUUCAGGGAUACAGCAACUAGCAUAGAGUUAAUGGUUGUGUAAUAGACAUUACUGUUACGUUUGUACUGUUUACAGAAAUUCCUGAACAAACUGUCCAUAGGGCAAAUGCAGCAAAAUCACCAGAUAUUAAUUCAACAGUUGUUUAUUUCCAUCUGUUUUAUGUUUAUAGCCCUGGCCAUACACUUAAUUAUGACAAAGACAUUACUGGAAAGUAUCUGACAAUUGAAAAUUGCCUAUGGGACAGUGCAUUUGCACGUAUACACCUACACAGCUUUCUACUCUUUGACUGUACCUGAGCUCUCUUCCUGUGUCUAUGUGUGUGUGUACAUGCAUGUAUGUGAUGUGUAUGUGUAAUGGGAAUGUAAGAAGAGAGACAGCUCAUGUGUCUGUAUUCAGGCAGUAAUGUAUGAUUUGUUUCCGAGAUAGCACACGCACAUCUCCAAGAUGUCUGUUUAAGAUAUUUUCAUCUGGAAAGCAUCACAAUCUAAUUAGCCUCUGCAAAACAUCUUAAAAAGAUCAGAUUUGCCAACAUUCUAAAUCAUAAACAUCUCAAAGACAGCUGAUGAAUGUUUUAUUGACAUCCGAGAGGAAACCUCUUAUAGACGUAUUGCAGAUGAGCAAACAACCUAAAAAUAUAUCUUUCAGAUGUAAACACAUUUUAAAUAGAUGUCUGGAUGAUGUACAUGUGCUAUCAGGGUUAAUAAUACUGUAACACAAGCAUUUUUAAACACCUAUUUAGUAUUGUUUUUGUGAAAUACAUUCUUUGGGAAACGAACUUGAAUGAACACUUGAAUCGCAGCUGUGUAAAAACGUAUGUAAAGUUUUUAGGGUGCUUUGUGUUGGUACUGUAUUCAUUAACAUAUCACGCUUGUGUAAGUUAUUAGUUAUUAUUCAUUGAAGUCAGAUCGUCUUAGGCUUUGUGUAUGAAGUACUUACCACAUCGAUGGAUAAAACAGUAUAUAAAUGUGGCCUAAUGUGUUACUGUGCAAUGUUUUGACAGCACAUAUUUGAAAUGGUAUUUGCUUAGUUCGUGUCAUUCCAUGAUACAAAUGUUAUUGUUUACCAAGUGUAACUGUUUCCUAUUUUCUGCUUUUACCACAAAGAUGUUCUGUUUUAUAGUGUAUUAUUUUUAUGUAUUUAUUUUUGAAUGUCAAAUGUGCAAAAUGAUGAAUUAAAAAUGCCUGUUUGUAA